CCAGAAUUUGCAACAACAAAAUAAUCAAUAUGAUUACUUUCAAGAAAAUAGCAAUCUUUCUCUUUCUCUCAAUUUGCCUUUCAUCAUCAUGGGCCAGCAAACAUGAUGACUUUCUUGAAUGCCUUUCUCACAAAGUUAUGAACUCAAACUCAAUAUCACAAGUCCUCUACACUCCCAAAAACUCAUCAUAUUCAACCCUUUUGAACUCUUUUUCAGGUAAUCUAAGGAUAACUUCCGACUUCAAACCCUCAGUUAUUAUCACUCCUAAGGAUGAAUCUCAAAUUCAGGCAGCUAUACAUUGCUCCAAGAAACAUGGCCUACAAAUCAGAAUUCGAGGCGGUGGACAUGACUAUGAGGGACUUUCGUACAUUUCUGAAAACCCUUUUGUCAUUAUUGAUCUUAGGAAACUAAGAUCAAUCUCCAUUGACACCAAAAAAAAGACUGCUUGGAUUCAAGCUGGCGCGACCAUAGGGGAACUUUACUAUAGAAUCGCGGAAAAAAGUAAAAAACUGGCUUUUGUUGCUGGGGUUUGCAACACUGUUGGUGUUGGUGGACAUUUUAGUGGUGGAGGCUAUGGCAUGAUGUCACGAAAAUUCGGUACUGCUGCUGAUAACAUCAUUGAUGCUAAAUUAAUUGAUGCCGAUGGACGAAUCCAUGAUCGAGAAUCAAUGGGCGAGGAUCUCUUUUGGGCCAUUAGAGGAGGUGGAGGGACUAGCUUUGGUCUCAUUACUUCAUGGAAAGUUAAAUUACUCGAUAUUCCUGAAAAGGUGACUGUCUUCAAUGUGACACGAACCUUGGAACAAAAUGCAACUCAACUAGUCUACAAAUGGCAACACAUAGCUGACAAAGUUGAUGACCGUCUUCUCCUCAGGCUCUUCCUGAGCAACAGUGAAUCUCCAUUCCGGCGUGGGAAAAGGACUAUGCAUGCCUCUUUCACUACAAUGUUCGUUGGAGGAGUUGAUGAACUCCUCCACGAAAUGCAAAAGAGCUUCCCUGAAUUAGGGUUGGUGAAAGAAGAUUGCAUUGAAAUGAGUUGGAUUGAAUCUAUAGUCUAUUUUUGGCUUCCUAGGGGCACACCAAUUGAAGCGUUACUAGAUUGGAAUACCACAACUAAUCAAAGGGGGUACUUCAAAGGGAAAUCAGACUUUGUCCAGCACCCUAUUUCAAUAAAUGGCCUCGAAGGUAUAUGGAAACUAUUUAACCUAGUAGGCAAAAACUCAGCCCAAUUACAGUUUAGUCCUUAUGGAGGAAAGAUGAGUGACAUCUCAGAAUCUGAAACCCCCUUUCCUCAUAGAGCUGGAAACAUAUUCAUGAUCCAUUAUGGGGUGAAUUGGGAAAAAAUGGAAAGUUCUAAAAAACAUCUAACUUGGAUUCGAAAUCUUUACAGAUACAUGGCUAGGUAUGUGUCCAAAUCUCCUAGAGCUGCUUAUUUCAACUACCGAGAUCUUGAUUUGGGAAUGAACAACAAAGGAAACACAAGCUAUGCACAAGCACGAAUUUGGGGAGUGAAGUACUUCAAGAAUAACUUUGAUAGAUUGGUGCAAGUGAAGACGAAAGUUGAUCCGGCAAAUUUCUUUAGGAAUGAACAAAGUAUUCCUCCUCUAUUAUCUUAAGCUUAGUGGUAAUUUAUGCAGUUUGCAAAGCCAUCACCGGUUGUUUAAUAAUAAGGCUUUUCACGUACGUAAUUUUUAUACAUAUAUACUACUGUAGUACUCAAAAAUAAAUGGAGCCAUGCAUGCAGUGCAUAGUGUUCCAAAGAAAUUGUGUAAGAUACAUUCUAUUCAAUGUUAUUAAUCAUGUUAGAAUUUGUGUUGUACAUUAUUAAUUGUAUGGAAUAUAUUUGCUCUAUAUUUGGUUU